AGGCCAGCAUAAAGGCCCUGAGAUGGAAGUAUACCUGUCCAGGAAACCAGUCUAGGAAUACUGAGGAGGCCCUGGUGGCAGGAGCUAAGUGAGUGAGGUGGGGGAAGUAGGAGCUGAAGUCAGAGAAGGGCAGAUCAUGUGUUCUCCUUCUGGGUCAUUCUAGGAACUCUGGCUUUUGUUGUCACUGAGGGCUUCGAGGAUGGGGUGAUACGAGUUGCCAUAAUGUUUAAAGGAAUUGCUCUGGCCGCUGUGUGGAGGAGAGCCCACAGGGCGGGCAAAAGUAGAAACAGGGUGAGGGUAAUCAAAGUGAAGACAUGAUGGUAGAUUACACCUGGGUGGUGAUAAGAGUGGAGGUGGUAAGUAGUUGAAUUUUGGACUCAUUGUGAAAGUAGAGCUAAAAGGAUUUCCUGAUGGAUUGGAUUUGAAAUGCAAGAGAAAUAGAAAGGUCAAGGAUAACACCAAGGUUUUAGGCCUGAUAUGAGUCAGACUUCAGUUGGGACAGGACCCCCAAAGGGUCAGGGAGGUGGAGGGAGGAAUUUCAGGAUUUCAAGUUUGGGAAUGUUAAGUGGGAGGAGCCCUGUAAGCAUCCAAGUGGGCCUUGCCUGAAGCCUGAAGUUCAGGGGAGAUGGCCCAGCCGGAGGUAAGAUUUCAGAGUCAUUACCAUACAGGUGGUAAUUACUGCCACAAACAAGAUGAACUCACCAUGGGAGUGAGUGUGGAUAGACAAGAGAACCAAAGUCUGAACCUCGGGUACUCACUCCACUGCUCAGAGGCCGGGAGAAGAAAAGGGACCAGCAAGGAAGACUGACAAGGAGCAAAGGUUAGGAACAAAACCGUGAAAAUAAGAUGUGGUGGACGUCAAACUCAUUUCCAGGAGGAGAAAAUGAUCAGCUAUCAGCUGAUAGCUCAAGUGGGGUAAAGACUGAGAGACCUUUUGACUCGGGAGUUUGAUCUCCAUAAGAAGAGGACUGGUGACAUGGGCAAAGCAAAAGCCUGGCUGGAGUAAUGAGAGGACAGAACCUGGAGACAGCUUUUCUCAACAUAUUUUAAAAGGCAUUUUGCUGCAGCCGAGCUAAAAAAAAAAGACAAGUGGCUGGUGCGGGAAGUGGAUUCAAGAGGGAGUUUUUUGUUUUUAAGAUGGGACACAUAACAUGAUUUUAUGUGGAAGGAGAUGAGCCAAUAAAGGGAGAAAAUUGAUGAUGUGAGAGAAGAGAGAUCUGCUAGAGCACUUACUGGUUGGAUUGACCCCUGUAUGUUUCUGUGCAGCAGAGAGCCAGGAGAGGAAAGAAAAAAAAAAAAAAAGGCCUAUAAAACAGCAAGCAGUUCAUAGAUGAGCUUCUCCCUGAAAUUAGAAACCAGGCUUUCACCUGCAUGAAUGAAAAUUCCAUGAAAUAAGCCAUUUGUUGAAUGACUACUAGGACACUUACGGUGACAGAUACCUUGCCUACAUUAUCCAAAAGCUUAUUAUCCGACUUCCAACAUCAGUAUCAUUAUUACUACACUUGUAGAUGAAGAAAAUGUCACUGGGAGCUAAAGCAGCUUCCCCAAAGCCACACUGAGCAUAUGUUUAAAAGUCCACAGUUCAUGGUACUCUCUUCCCUGCUGCUGAGGCUUCCUUGAAGGCUGAGGGCCUUCAUCUUCGUAACCCCAGAGACGGGCUCAGAAUUUGGCAGAGGCUCACAUUCCCGCGUGCCCAGAUGCACUGCGGACUGCCCUGGGUCCGCUUCGUUGCCUUCCUCGGAAGCAUCCUUUGGAGGACGUUCACACCAGCCUUCUUUUCACUGGUUGCAGCAACUCAAAAAAAAAAAAAAAAAAAAAAAAAAAAACCAGACUUUCAAAAAAUGACCGAAGGGAAGUCAGAAUGAGUUAGUUCCAAAUCCUCAGCCCCUAGGUGAGGCCUUGCCCCACAGAUUUUACGAAGCAGCUUUUCUGACGCGUCAGGUACCUGCCCCCAGGCGAGCCGUCGGGAGCAGGUGAGGCGUGGCCACCUGGAGUUUCCCAGUAGAAACUCCAAAGCGGGUGAGGAAAUCAUCACCGGAGGACGUGUACCCUCCCGCCCUUCGUCCAGACCGUAAAAAAAAAGAAAAGAAAAAAGAAAAAGAAAGAAAGAAGAAGAAGAAAGGAACGAAAAGAAUAAAGAAAAGGAAAGGAAAGGAAGCGAAGGGAAGGGGAAAAAAGAAAAGGAAAAGGAAAGCCUGCCACAAACGUCUCCAGUGCGCUGCUGUAAAGGCGGCUUUGCGGACUGGCGCGGGGUGAUGGGGCGAACAGUCGGGCUCCUCCAGCGGUAGUAAAAGCCCUAACUGUAAACUGCCGUGAGCUGGGCGGCUCUCUGACUUACUGCCCCAUUUCGCUGGGUGCCCCGCGCGGUGGUUGCGCAGGGGCCUGGGCACAGAACCGUGGAGCGCGGAGCUCACCACCGCGGCGGGAGGGGGACCGCACAGGGUGCCGCGGCGCACCGAGCGCGCCUUCCCGCCCUGGCCGCGGAGACCCGGCAGUGACGACGCGCCAGAUUCCGACAAGAUCAUGGCAGAGCACAGCCACAAGCAGAAUCUGCUCGAUUUACAGAAUGGUAGCUUAGAGGGCAGCUUUGUGGCAAAUUCCCUCGAGGACAAUUCCCCAAACAUGAUGGAGAGCCUGAGUCCAAAGAAAUAUUCCUCCAGCCUAAGGUUUAAAGCCAAUGGAGACUAUUCGGGCUCUUACUUAACCCUCUCACAACCUGUGGCUGCUAAGAGAAGCCCUUCCCCUCUGGGAUCCAAUGUCAGGAGCAGCCCCUCACUGGCCAAAAUCCAGGGAAGCAGGCAGUUCUCCUGUGAUGGAACUGAGAAAAGUAUUUCCGUGAAACCGCCCACCCCUCUCCUCAGCACUUCCCCCUCCCUCAGUGGGUACCCACUUGGGAGAGCGGACUUUGAUCAUUAUACUGGCCGGGACAGCGAAAGGUCCUUGAGGCUCGCAGAGAAGCCUCCCUAUUCCAAAUACAGCUUAAGGAAUAAAUCCCAUGACAAUGUCUACUUUCUCGGGGGGCUGGAAGGCCGAAAGGUGUCUGGCUCCCUCCUGACCAUGUGGAAUGGAAGUUCCCUGAGCGACACUAGCCCCUCUCCCAUCAGCAGAUCGGGGGCGGCAAGCAUGCCUUCAAGCCCAAAGCAAGCCAGGAAAAUGAGCAUCCAGGACAACCUGACCCUUCAGCCCAAGCUGAGCCGACACAAGGAGCUGGCGUCUGAAAACAUCAGUUUAAGAACCAGGAAGUAUUCGGGCAGCAGCCUGAGUCACAUGGGAGCCUACAGCCGCUCUCUCCCCAGGUUACACAGGGCCACCGACAACCAGCUGACGCCCCUCAGUUUGCCUCCCAGAAACUCUCUGGGCAAUUCCAAACGAACGAAACUGGGGGAAAAGGAUCUACCUCAUAGCAUCAUAGACAAUGACAAUUACCUGAAUUUUUCUUCUUUGAGCUCAGGGGCUUUACCCUAUAAGCCCUCCGCAUCGGAGGGGCAUCCUUACGUCAGUUCCACCCUCAGCGUCCCUGCCAGUCCUCGAGUGGCUCGGAAGAUGCUUCUGGCCUCCGCCUCCUCCUGCACCUCUGAUGACCUUGACAGGGCUCCCUACUCCGGGCCCGGCCCAGGGCACUCGUUUCCUCCCGGGGACAUGUUCGCCGCCAGGAGGAACUUCUCCUGUGGGUCUGUUGAGUUCGAUGACGCCGACCUGGAGAGCCUCCGACAGGCCUCAGGAACUCCCCAGCCCAUCCUCCGGGAGAGGAAAAGCAGCAUCAGCUCCAUUUCCGGCCGCGAUGACCUGAUGGACUAUCACCGGCGGCAGAGGGAGGAGAGACUCAGGGAGCAGGAGAUGGAGCGACUGGAGAGACAGCGCCUGGAGACGAUCCUCAGUCUCUGUGCUGAAUACACGAAGCCUGACAGUCACUUGUCCACCGGCACCACCGUAGCCGAUGUGCAGAAGAUCAAUAAGGAGCUUGAGAAGCUGCAGCUGUCUGACGAGGAGUCCGUGUUUGAGGAAGCCAUGGUGAGCCCUGACGCCAGGUACAGGUGCCACCCGAAAGGCUCUCUCCACGAUGCCGACUCGGUGGUCUUCGGGAGCGUUGGGCAGAGUGGUGCCGGCUUCCUUUCCCCCAGGAGCAUCAGGAAUGAUGAGCUGCUCAGGGACCUCACGCCUGCCUUCCUGAAAACGUCCAGCGAGUCUGCUUAUCUUAGUAUCCUACCCAAGACCCCUGAGGGUAUAAACGAAGAACAAAGGAUUCAGGAGUUGGCUGCAAUGGAAGAGACCCGGAUAGCAAUCUUGAAUAACCUCGAGGAACUUGAACAAAAAAUCAAAGAUAUCAAUGACCAGAUGGAUGAAUCUUCCAGAGAGUUGGAUAUGGAAUGUGCUCUUUUGGAUGGAGAACAGAAAUCCGAAACAACUGAACUUAUGAAAGAGAAGGAAAUUUUGGAUCAUCUAAAUAGGAAAAUAGCAGAACUGGAAAAGAACAUCGUUGGUGAAAAGACCAAGGAGAAGGUAAAGCUUGAUGCUGAAAGGGAAAAACUAGAGAGGCUUCAGGAGCUUUACUCCGAGCAGAAGACCCAGCUGGACAAUUGUCCUGAGUCCAUGAGGGAACAAUUACAACAACAACUGAAGAGGGAUGCCGACCUGUUGGAUGUGGAGAGCAAACACUUUGAAGACCUGGAAUUCCAGCAGCUUGAGCGUGAGAGCCGUCUGGAUGAGGAGAAGGAGAACCUGACCCAACAGCUCCUACGUGAAGUAGCUGAGUAUCAGCGGAACAUUGUGACUCGAAAGGAAAAAAUUUCUGCAUUGAAAAAGCAAGCCAAUCACAUUGUCCAGCAGGCUCAGAGAGAACAAGAUCAUUUUGUGAAAGAAAAGAAUAAUUUAAUAAUGAUGUUACAGAGAGAAAAGGAAAAUCUUUGUAAUUUGGAAAAGAAAUACUCCAGCCUCUCUGGGGGAAAAGGGUUUCCUGUCAACCCCAGUACUCUGAAAGAGGGCUAUAUCAGUGUAAAUGAAAUUAAUGAGCCAUGUGUCAAUUCCACGAAUCUGUCCCCUUCCACUCAGUUCCCCGCUGACGCUGACGCUGUUGCCACUGGGCCUACCACAGCUGUGCUGGUGAGCCAGCCACAAAAUAAAGAGCAAAGAUCACCUGUCUGUUCUGGAUUUAUGUUUCCUUCCACCCUCUCUCCUCAUCCUGUCACUCAACCUCCAUCAGCCCCUUGGCCCGAAGUCCUGGCUCCGUCUGUCGAUCCUUUCCCAUUAAAUGACACACCUCCUCCUCUACCAGCUAAGAAACACAGAAGGCAGCGGCAGCAGCAGGAACAACAGCAUUUUAGAAGUCUGGAAGAAAGGAAAAAACAGCAUAAAGAAGGCCUCUAUCUGAGUGACACUUUGCCUCGAAAGAAAACCACACCUUCUAUAUCCCCACAUUUCAGCAGUGCUACUAUGGGGAGAAGCACCGCCCCAAAGGCUCACCUGCCCCUGGGACAGAGCAACAGCUGUGGCAGCGUCCUCCCUCCCUCGCUGGCAACCAUGACCAAAGACUCAGACUCUCGGAGGACGCUCAGAGGAAGAAUGAAUUUCUCAGCAGGAGCGAUUAGUAAUUCCAAAAAUUCAAGUAUCAAAGGGUAUAAUCACCAACAGAUGAGUGAAGGACAAAGGCAGAAAUCUUCUGACUUUUACAACCGCACAGCCUCUGAAUCGAAUGUCUACUUGAACAGUUUCCACUACCCCAACCACAGCUACAAGGACCAGGCCUUUGACACGCUGAGCCUAGACAGCUCCGACAGCAUGGAAACCAGCAUCUCUGCCUGCUCACCUGACAAUAUCUCUAGUGCCAGCACGUCAAAUAUUGCCAGGAUAGAAGAAAUGGAGAGACUUUUGAAGCAGGCUCACGCAGAGAAGACCCGGCUGCUUGAGUCCAGGGAACGAGAAAUGGAAGCCAAGAAACGAGCUCUGGAAGAAGAAAAACGACGCCGAGAACUUCUGGAAAAACGAUUGCAGGAAGAAACUAGCCAGCGGCAGAAGUUAAUUGAAAAGGAAGUAAAAAUAAGGGAGAAACAGAGGGCACAGGCUCGACCUCUGACACGCUAUCUGCCUGUCCGGAAAGAAGACUUUGAUUUGCGAAGCCAUGUAGAGACUGCUGGCCACAAUAUUGAUACCUGUUAUCAUGUGUCAAUCACAGAGAAGACCUGCCGAGGAUUUCUUAUCAAAAUGGGUGGAAAAAUUAAAACUUGGAAAAAACGAUGGUUUGUUUUUGAUCGGAACAAGCGCACUUUCUCUUAUUAUGCAGACAAGCAUGAAGCUAAAUUAAAAGGAGUGAUAUACUUCCAAGCCAUUGAAGAAGUGUAUUAUGAUCACCUCAAGAAUGCUAAUAAGGUACCGGCUAGAGCUCUGCCUACAGCGUGGCUGCUGAGAGGCCUGCCUGACGAGCUCUCUGUGGGAGAUCUCUUGUGCAGAAAGUCUGGAAACACACCCGACCUCCAGAAAGUGCUGCAGGUGGGGCCCCGGGUUCUACCAGAACAACAGUAACACCAAUGGAGAGUUCGUACAUCUAGAACUUCUAAAGAGGAAGAAGCCGUCCCCUAUGUCUGGGUCACCUCAGGUGGUUUCAGG